AUGGGUUACGCUAACAGUGGAUUCGGCUCAGCCAUGCUGCUGCGUAAGGCCAGGGACCUCUCUACUUUGGAAGACGAGACCUCCACAUUGGAUCACUCAGACAUGGGCUAUGUCAUGUUUUGUACAGUUGGAGUCUUCAUGAUUACACCUGCUAUCGGUCUUUUUUACGGUGGUGCCCUGAAAAGAAAGAACGUGCUGCAGAUGUGCUUCCAGUCGUACAUGACCACCUGCAUUAUCACCAUCCAGUGGUUCUUGAUCGGCUACACUUUGGCUUGUUCAACCACCUCUACUUCACAUGUCCUGGGAAACUUCAAACUGGGUGCUCUGCAAAAUUUAGGAGCCGCUCCUUUGUUUGAGGGAGGAACCAUCCCCUCCAUCGUCUAUUUUACCUUCUCUGUUUUCUUUCCAGUGGCUACCGUCCAGAUUUUCGUCGGAGCUAUCGCUGAACGUGCCAGAUUACUGCCAUCUAUGGUGGUUGGGUUUAUCUGGACUACUGUGUGCUAUUGUCCUUUUGCGUACGCCACCUGGGCUUCUAAUGGAUGGCUGUACCAGCUGGGUGCUUUGGACUUUGCAGGUGGUGGACCGGUCCAUAUUGCUUCUGGUGUCUCUUCUCUGGCUUAUUCCAUGUACAUUGGAAAGAGAAAACAAUGGAAAACUGAAGAUGGUAAAGACCACAAGCCUUACUCUCCAAUCGCUGUUUUCACAGGAGUUACUCUCAUUUGGGGUACAUGGUUGUGCUUCAACUCUGGUACUUUGCUGGCUGUGAACGUGAGAACUGGCUACAUCAUGGCAAACACUCAAAUUGCUGCCUCUUUUGCAUCUUUCUUUUUUGUUAUGGUUGAUUACAUCAUAACUAAAAAAUUCUCAAUUAUUGCUGCCUGUGAGGGAGCUAUUGUUGGACUGGUAAACAUCACUCCAUCGUGCGGCUUUUACUCUCCGUACUGGGCUGCCAUCACUUCUGCAUUUGUGGCUAUUUGCUGCCGUUUGCUUUAUCCUGUGAACGAGUGGUUGGCAAUUGAUGAUACCACUCAUUCAUUUGUUGUGCACGGGGUAGGUGGAAUUCUGGGUUCCAUAUGCUUGGGUGUUUUCGCUUCUCCGUACAUAGCUGGUCUUGAUGGGGUUACGGAGAUUGAAGGAGGAUGGAUCUUCCACCACUGGAAGCAAAUGGGUUACCAGUUUGCAGCCUGGACUUCUACCACAAUCUGGUCGUUCGUUGCUACUUACGCCAUUUGUUUUAUAGUGGACCAUAUUCCUGGUUUGAAACUCCGUGCUUCUGAGGAGGCCGAGAUGUUGGGAAUGGAUGCCUACGAGAUGGCCGAGAUGGCCGAUGAAUACGAUAUUGAGGAGAUGUUUGCUAGAUUCACCAGAAAUGGAGGCUCUGUUUAUUCUAACUCGAACAUGGAGGUUAUCGAGGCUGCCUCGAGCACCAAGCAGAACUUUGAAGGCUCGAAGUCUGUUUCUCGCACCAAGGUAGAGGAUGUGGUAUAA